CAGAGCGCCAUGUUGCGACCAUGGCUGCGCCAAGGGCCGCGAGCCACUCGUUCCUUCACUUGCCCGCAAUGCCUUCAUCUCCUCCGCCGCUCGCCGCAGCAACAGCUUCAACAAUCUCUUCUCCCUUCCACCCUCGCUUCUUCCCGACGAUCCCUUCAGACCACGGCAGUCCCUGAGUCAACGGAUCGAGUUCCCCUGCGCAAGCAGCUCAAACAGGACGCCAAGUCUCUCAGGGCGCGCAAACGACAGACUCGCGAGGACGAGGAAGCAUCCCGCCAAAAAUGGGAGUUGACAGUGGGAAUUGAGAUCCACGCGCAGCUGAACACCGAGGCCAAGCUCUUUUCCAGAGCGCCGACCUCAUCGGCGGAACUCCCCAACUCCAAUGUAGCUCUCUUCGAUCUCGCCUUUCCCGGCAGUCAACCGGAAUUCCAAGUCGCAACCCUCCUCCCCGCUCUGCGCGCCGCCAUCGCUCUGAAUUGUGACAUCCAGCCAGUCAGCAGAUUCGAUCGAAAGCACUACUUUUAUCAAGACCAGCCUGCCGGGUAUCAAAUCACGCAGUACUAUGAACCCUUGGCGAAGAAUGGCUAUGUGGACCUUUUCCGUCAUGAUGGAAUCGCCCCGGAGGAUGGUGACCACGUGCGCAUCGGCAUUAAGCAGAUUCAGAUGGAACAGGAUACGGCCAAGUCUCAGGAGUACCCUCCCUCGAUGCAGUUGCUCGAUUUCAACCGAGUCUCCCACCCGCUCAUUGAGAUUAUUACAAUGCCUCAGAUCCACACGCCGGCCACCGCGGCGGCCUGUGUGCGAAAGAUUCAGUCGAUCCUACAAUCCUGCAGUGCGGUUAUAACUGGUAUGGAAUUGGGUGGUUUGCGGGCGGAUGUCAAUGUCUCCAUCCGUCAACGGGGCGACGUUGCCGGCAACCAUCAGUAUGGCGGGAUCGGAGGUCUGGGACAGCGUACGGAGAUAAAAAACCUUAGCAGCUUUAAAGCCGUCGAGGACGCCAUUAUCGCCGAAAAGAAUCGCCAGAUAGCUGUCUUGGAGAGCGGUGGUGUAGUGGAAGGUGAAACCCGUGGCUGGACCAUCGGCAGCACUGAGACGCGCAGAUUGCGUGGCAAGGAAGGAGAGGUGGACUACCGCUAUAUGCCGGACCCUGAUCUCCCUCCGGUCUAUAUUGGAGAGGAUUUGAUCGCGGAGCUCAGACGGACACUCCCAACAGGCUCCGAUGCGCUUCUCAGUCUGUUGACCGGAGCGGAAUACGGGCUGACGACUGAAGAUGCAAAGCCACUUGUAGAGCUGGACGACGGUGCUCGACUAGAGUACUAUCAGGAUAUCGUGGACCUCCUGCGCCAACAGCACCCGGAAAAGGACUCGAAGACGCAGCAGGCGCUGGCGCGCCUGGCAGGUAAUUGGGUGCUGCACGAGCUGGGCGGUCUCUUGACCAAGGCGGAACUGCCUUGGGACUCACAGUGCGUCCCCGCCGACUCUCUGGCCUCGCUGCUUGACCACCUUCAACGGAAGCUCAUCACUGGUCCCACGGCCAAGCAGGUGCUGGCUCUGGUGUUUGACGGGGAUCGGCGCUCGAUCCCGCAGCUGCUAGAGGAAGAGAAUCUGUUGCUGCGGCCUUUGUCGCGGGAGGAAUACAUCGCUUUGGCGGAGGCAGCUAUUGCACUGAACCCAUCGAUGGUUGAGCAGAUCCGACAGAAGAACCAACUGGGCAAACUGGGUUGGUUUGUAGGACAGAUGAUGCGCAUGGGAGAAAAAGGGCGGGUGGAGGCGCCCAAGGCUGAUGCGGUCUUGCGGGAACUGAUCCUGGAGGGAGCGAAAUAGAUGUAUGUAUAGUAGUGAUGUUGUACGAGUACAGUACGUACGUAUGUACCAUAGAGUAAACUAGAUCCUAGAUCGGAGCUGAGCCCGCGGAGCUGAGUCCGCU